AAAACAUUGCUGGCGGACUUUGUGGGAAAAUCUAAUAAGUUUGUGUAUGUGGAAAAAAAUGGUCAGGAAAGUCUAUCACCAGCUCGCAAUGCUCGCAAUGCAAGCGCCAGUUUAGUAGACAGCAGUGUGUAGUGGAGCAGUGGAGGUGUCGAGCUGCCCUUUUCACCAUCAAAGUUAUCCAACAACAUAUUGCAUUUCUGUUGUGUGUGAAUUUUGUGAGACUUUUCCCGAAGCGCGUUGUUGGUGUUUUUCCAAAUGGAGAAAGUUCCUGUGAGUCAUUUAUUGAGUAUGCAGAAUUUGCAUUAAAAUUUUCCACGGCUUAUUGGAAAAUUGCGUGACUCCACGAGAGACGUAAAGAGACCUUUUCACACACCCCAAGGCUCCCCGAAGAUUUAUCCAUCGAUGUGUCAGUGAGUAAGGGGCACAAGAAGUGUGCUGGAGAACUAUUGCUGUCCGGAAGCACAGCUAGUGCGUAUGAAUUGACGCCGGAAAACAUAUGAAAGUCAAUCGUCUGGACAUCCUCGUUUGUCUGGAACACCUCCUGCUUUAGUGGUGAACACAAAGUGUGUUAAAAGUUGAUUUCCACGCCAAAGUUAUUGAAAAAGUUCCUCAAAAAACAUUCAUCUGGAAAACUCCGAAAGACUCUCAUCCAUUUUCUGCAUUCAGUUAAUUAGAAAAAUACUCUCCACAAUGUCUCCCGCAUUCCUCACAGCAAUCGCCGUGAUUCUCUGUAUCCUCUUCCGUCUCCUCAAUGUCAACAGUCAACCUGCAAAGCCCCAAGUCUGGUGCAUGGAUGGCACCUUCAUGGAUACAAUCUAUAAAAUUGCACCUCUUCUGCGUGACCCAUAUGUCCCAACGCGCCUAUGGGGCUUUAGUGGUCACGUACAGACCAUCGUUCACAGCAUCGUGGGACGCGUAAAGUGCCCCUGGCCACUUGGAGAGAGGAUCUACCUCAAAUUGAUGGACAAUUCCACCCUCACAUAUGAUCUCUAUCAACCACUAAUUGAGCAUGAGGAUGACAUCACAGUGGCAAUUUGUCCGGGCAUUGGAAAUUCAUCUGAAAGUGUCUAUAUUCGGACAUUUGUUCACUAUGCACAGUGCCAUGGGUACAGGUGUGCUGUACUCAAUCACAUUGGAGCCCUCCAGAGUGUCCAGGUGACAUCCACGAGGAUCUUUACCUAUGGCCACACUGGUGACUUCACCGAAAUGAUCUCGAGUCUCACGAAAAAGUAUCCGUCCACAAAUAUUGUUGCCGUUGGUUUCAGUUUGGGUGGGAAUCUCGUCACAAAAUACAUGGGGGAAUCAGAUGCAUCGCGCCCCAAGAAUAUCAUUGGAGGAGUCUCAAUUUGCCAAGGCUACAAUGCUGUUGAGGCGACAAAUUGGCUGCUCAAUUGGCAGAACUUCCGCCGCUUCUAUCUCUACGUCAUGACGGAGAAUGUGAAGCAGAUAAUCAUGAAGCACCGCCAGAUGCUCCUGUCGGACGACAUGAAGCAGCGUUGCAAGCUCAAUGAGAGGGAUAUUGUGGCAGCAGCUACACUCCCAGAGCUCGAUGAGGCCUACACACGCCGUGUCCACAAUUUCCAGUCCGUCACGGAAUUGUACAAGUGGAGUUCGUGCAUAAAUUAUUUGCAAAAUAUCGACAAACCCAUGGUCUUCUUCAACGCCAAAGAUGAUCCCUUGGUACCCGGAGAUCUUCUCAAACCCAUCCGGGAAUUUGCAUCCGAAAAAUCUCACACGAUGUACAUAGAGUUGGCUCAUGGUGGACAUUUGGGAUUCUAUGAGGGUGGUCUCAUCUAUCCGAAUCCCGUGACGUGGCUGGAUCGGGCUCUUGUGUCUGUUAUUGGUGGCCUUGUGUUGGCUCACAAUGACUUUCAGACCAAAAGUAGAGCAAGCUUGGUCUAAGGAAGUGAAGAAAGAACGUUCCGAAUUUUUAUUUUUUGGUAUUUUUCCACAUAAUAAUCUACAUGUGUAAGAUUUUCUUUCCAGUGUGCGUCCUCAAUUUUCGUAUAUAGAAAGAUUUUAUUGUUUGUUUUUUAAGUUGUACACACUCAAAAAAUUCCCCUUUCUCAAACAGGGAAUAAUUAUAUGAAAUAUGUAUUAGUUACAUUUCCUUUUAAUUUAAUCCAAUUUCAUGUGAAUUUAGUAAUUGCCUGAGUGAAAAUCUCAACAUCUAGUGACGAUUCAAAGAAUCAAAAGACACACAAGAAUAUUUUUUUUUUAGUUUUUAAGAUGUUUAAAUUAUAAUAUGUAUUAGACAAAACAUACUUAUUCGCUGAAAGAAAAAUGAUGAGAAACAUAAAAUCAAAUGAAAAAUUUUGUGAUGCUUUUCACAUGAUUUUCUCGUUUUUUUUUUAGCUCAGUCAGAAUGAAAAUGAUGCAGCAAAUUGCUUCAUUUGCGCAUUGCAUAAAAUUUUCUUACAACUUCAUCAAAUCUAAUUGCUUGAAGCUGUGACGGAAUGUCCGGUGGGAUGUGUUGAAGACAGAAGGGAAAUGAUUGGGAAGUUUACAACAACAUAAAGAAAAAUUAAAUGAAAAUUCAAUGAGCUUGAUAAAAAAUAUCUAUAUGUUUGUGACUGAAUGUAGUUCACCUCCUUGAAAAUGUCUCCAAUUGUUGUUUCCUUUAAAAACAAAAAGUUCUAACACAGAGUUGGGGUAUUUAAAGCUAAAAGAGAGAAUCUACUUAGAAGGUGGUACUGUACAAGUUUAGAACUUUAUCACCACACUGUGUUAUCUCUCCUCUCCAAUACCUUCCGCUCCCGUGUGAAUUGCAUUAUAAUGUUCAAAAUGACAUAAAAUGUCAAUACGAAUCUGUUGCAAAAAAAUUUGCAUUAUAAAUGGAUUUUUAAUGUUACGUUCCACCUAAAUGUCUAAACUAAAUGGCUAUAUUUAAAGAAAAAAAAACUACAUUUAUAUAGGUACAGAAAAAAAGGAUAUCACAUUACAUUAUAUAUAUUUAACCGAUUAAACCAUAUUUAAUGCAACAACAACAAAAAAAAUAAUCCAAAAGUGAACGAAUUUCGAAGGAAGAAAAAUGUGCUUGAGAAUUUCUUCACGGUGACUGAUGAAUAUUUUUUUAUUUUUAAUAUUUUAUAUAAAAUGAGUUUUAGAAGGGAAAAGAGAAACAAUUUUAGAUAAAACAAAAAAAAUAAAACUUUUUAGAAUUGGCGGGAGAAAUUGGAGAAAAUUUUCACAAAACACGGAGUGAUUUUUUUAAGGCUCGUGAUGUUCUUUGCAACGGAGAUAAAAAUCACUAUAAAUGAAAAAAAAAUAACUUGAAUAGAUUUACAGAUUAUUUUAUAUUUGUUUCGUAACUAAUAUUCCUCUAUUAUGUAUUUUGUCAUGAGACAAGAAAUAAAAAAAACAUUCCGGAGAUUCAAUUGACUAAAAAAAUUAAUAAAAGAUUUAUAAGAGCUUGUUUUGGAAUAUUUGAAUAAAAUAAAAUUAAAACAAAAUUAUGACACGAAUAAAGAAGAGAAAAAAUGACAAUAUUUUGUAAAGAUUAAGCGUAGAAAGAAAUCUACAAAUUAUUUUAAUAAGAUUUGUUCAUUGCGUUUUAUUUCUUUUUUUAAGAGUGAAAGUAAAGAAAUGGACUGAAAAAAUCAAUAAAUUGGCUUUAGAGAUUUUUUUGUAUGAGAAAUGGUGCUUUUAAUUUUGAUAUGAAAUUGCUUUUAAACGUAGAGAAUGUUGAAUCAAAAAUUGAUGAAAAAUUGAAUAUGAAUAAAUUGAUAAAAUGGUUUGAAGAGAUUUAAGUGAAUGUUAAAAAAUUUAGUAAUCAAACAAAAUUUACCUGAAAAGUGUGGAUAAAUGAUUUCUAGUGUGAAGUUAUUCCUAAAAGAUUCCACAGAAAGGUUACUAAUUUACUGAUUUUCACUUUUUUCUCACUUUUUAUUUAAAAACAAAAUAUAUUUUGGCGCAAAUUUUGAGCAUUUUAUUAGAAAUAAUUUUAUAAAAUUUCUUAUUCUCUACGCAAAUCUAAUAAAUUCUCUGUCGAUAUACUAAAAUUAAUUUAUUUAAAUAUCUAAUUGUAAUUUUCUUUGCAUCCGACAAAUCUCAUGAAUUCAUUUCAGCAUCCUUUCGUUAAUGCAAUGUCCUAAGGAAACCUAUUGGAAAAUUCAUAAAAUUCUAGAAUUCAUUCCCUUUUGAUAGAAAUACAAGAAAUAUUGUUAAGUAAGGAAUUCUUUUGGGAAUAGUCUAAACUAGAAAUCCUUCACAUGAAGAAAAAAAAUUAUAAAUUUCUCAAAAACAUUUCUAUUGUAUGGAAUUCACAUAUUUUGCUGUGUGUGUGUGUUGUAUGAAGAAAAAAUAAUAAAAAAACGGAAACUUAAAGUUUUACAAAAA